AUGGCGCCGGCCCGGAGGGAGCCGUCCCUCCCCGACGAGAUACUGGAGGACAUCUUCCUCCGCCUCACCACCCCAUCCGACCUCGCGCGCGCCGCCGCCGCCGUUGACUUCAGCUUCUCCUUCCUCCCCAGCCCCGCCGGCAGCUGGCGCGUCUGUGACGCCCGCGAUGGCCGCGUCCUCCUCUCGCGGAGCGUCUCCGCUUCCGCCGCCGCCUUCGCGGACCUCGCGGCGUGCGACCCCUUGCACCGCCGGUACGUCCAGAUCCCCCGUAUCCCCGGCGAUCUGCUGUCCUCUUCCUGUCCCUUUGCGCCGUACCAUGACAGCGUCGAAUUCGAGCGUUUCCUCGCGCCGGAUUCGGGGGAGGAGAAGGACGAGCCGUCGUUCCAGGUGCUCUGCAGCGUGCGGUCAUGGUACAGCGCUGUGAUCUUCGUCUUCUCUUCGGUCACCGGGGAUUGGUCUCGUCUCACCUCCAUCAGCUUCCUACCCCAUCGGGCGAUUAAGGACCCCAAAGUGUUGGUGCGCUACUAUGCCUGCGGCUGCUUCUACUGGGUGAAUGGUUGGGACGGCUACACGCUUGUGCUUGACCCGCGUGACGACAUGAAAUUGUCGCUGGUUGAGCUCCCGCGUAUCCAAGUCACCCAGCACCAAGGGCUGGCCAUUGGUGAUGCAGGGGAAGACAGGCUCUGCGUGAUAGCGCUCGAUUACUGGAGGCACACUCUAGCGCUUCACUGCAGGACAUGGCGGAACAAUGGUUUUGGGCCGGAGAAAUGGCAGCACCAGAUCAUCCCUUUGCCUGAGCCUGAGUAUUGCUGGUACAUCAAAGGCGCGGCUGAUGGCUACUUACUCUUGAAGGCUUUUCCAUGGGAUUCGUCCCAGCAUCAACCAGAAGCUCUGUAUUUCACACUGGAGCUCAAGACAUUGUUGAUUGAGAGGCUGUGCGUGUCUGAUCACCACAUUUGUCAUGCUCACCUGUAUGCAAGCUUCCCACCACCGCUGUCACCGCCAAGUAUAUGA